AUGAUGAUUCGACUAUGGCUCUUGUUCUGCUGGAUUAUCUCUGUGCUCGCCUCGCCAGUCCAGCAACCACUUGAAGGACCACAGGGCGACCACAAUAUCAAUGGAUGGAUAGAUCCCAGGCUGAACGGCGGCCGCUUCCUAGAUUUCACAACCAAGAGAUAUGGCGAACCACUGAAUGUCAUCAUUUCAUCGCAUUCCGACCCCUUCAUUCUCACCGAGGACGGAUUCCAGAGUUAUUCCAAGUCCAUCGGCUUUUCUAGAGAGUGUUUGGGGCUUCAUUAUGGCAAUAUCCAUGACGCCGAUUUGGGCGACGGUGACGGCAGGAAGCCAGAGCAGUUCCUUGCUCGCCAGCACUACUUUCCUGUCUUUGGGACUUGCUGGGAGAGCUUAGCAGGGGGGCACCACUUUAGAGCCUGGAAGCAGAACGGGACAAUGGCAAACUCGGGGGCGUGGUUUCUAGGGGUCUCCAAGGAAGAGAACUCUAGGAAGCAUCACGAUAUCGUGCCGAACGGAUAUAACCUAGGCCGUGACUGGUUGGUGAACAAGGCUGUGUCCGGAAGUAGCUGGAAAGGUAUCUGGUGGAAAGCCCAUGUCGAAUGGCGCCAUGGACUGCUAGAAGAAGGGAAGAAAGGAGUCAACCAUGGAAUCCCUCAAGAUGGGCGUGUCGCCAUCUUGACUAUCCUUCGCGAAUGA